AAAAUUAACAUAUCCCAGUAUACGACUUAGGAUAUUUUUAAGUUAACGUAAACAUUUAAUUAAAGUAAAAGGUAACUUCGUUGGAAACAUUCUGAGAUGCAGGACCAAGUGGAUAGCAAAAUCGGUAAAAAAGAAGAAAAGAAAGACAGUAAGUUACCACAUGAUGAAAGAGAAAGUGGUGAUGAUUCUGAAGAUGAAAGUGAGAUUCUGGAAGAAAGUCCGUGCGGUCGUUGGCUUAAAAGAAGAGAAGAAGUUCAACAGAGAGACAUUCCUGGUAUUGAUGCUGCUUAUUUAGCAAUGGACACAGAAGAAGGUGUUGAAGUUGUUUGGAAUGAAGUAAAAUUCUCCGAAAGAAAAAGUUUCAAGCCUCAAGAGGAAAAGAUUCGUCAGGUGUUCGAUAAUCUUACCCAGUUAGAACAUCCAAACAUUGUGAAGUUUCACAAAUACUGGACUGACAAAGAUUCAGAAAAACCUCGGGUAAUCUUUAUCACAGAGUACAUGUCCAGUGGCUCAUUAAAACAGUUUCUGAAGAAAACUAAGAGAAAUGUAAAAAAAUUUCCUUUGCAGGCUUGGAAACGAUGGUGUACACAGAUCUUGUCUGCUCUUAGCUACUUACAUUCCUGUUCACCUCCAAUAAUCCAUGGAAACUUAACAUGUGACACUAUUUUCAUUCAACAUGAUGGACUUGUCAAAAUUGGGUCUGUGGCUCCUGAUGCUAUUCACCGACAUGUGAAAACCUGGAGACAAGACAUUUCCAAUGUUCACUUUAUAGCUCCCGAGUUUGGAAGUAAGUCAGUACCAUUCUCAUUAGUAACACAAGCAGUGGACAUCUAUUCCUUUGGAAUGUGUGCCUUAGAGAUGGCAGCUUUAGAAAUUCCAGGAAAUGGAGAGUCAGGAACACAGAUUAGCAGUGAAGUUAUAAAUAAGACCAUAGAAUCUCUUGAGGAUCCUCUACAAAAGGACUUUAUUCGAAAGUGUCUCAGUAAAAACCCAAAUGAUCGACCAAAAGCAAGGGAGCUGCUUUUCCAUCCCCUAAUAUUUGAGGUGCAUUCCCUUCGUCUUCUUACAGCUCACACUAUAGUCAACCAUGCAUCUUUCCAGCCUGAUCAGCUCACAGAUGAAGCUUUUAAAUCAAGAUGUAGUAAAGAUGAUGUUAUUGGAGAGAUCCAGCAUAAAGAUAAAAGGCCGGGAGUCGUAUUUUGUCGGAGUGAUGCUCCAAAGCUAGAACUAGAAAAGUUUCUGGAGGAUGUCAGAAGUGGCAUAUAUCCACUUACUGCCUUUGCUAUGACACACCUUCCUGUGGCAAGGGCUCGACCCCAUUCCCCUGUUGCAUCAGAAUCCGUGAAAUCCUCUUCACCAGAGCUGGCAGAUGUAGAAACUAGGCGAAUUGUCACCCUAGUGUGCAAUAUUAAGCCUCAAGAAACCGGGGAGAAUCUUCUGAUGACUCUGUUGCUUCAAAUGGAUGACAAAAUUCAUCGUCAGUUAUCCUGUGAAGUUACCACCCAAGAUACUUCUGGCGCUCUAGCUGAAGAACUUGUACUGUAUGGUUUUAUCAACAAAGGUGACCAUGGGUUAGUUGCAUCAUUAAUAGAAGACACAUUCAGUCGUUACUAUGUUCCAGAUGCCACAGGCACAUCUGUCACUACCACCUUACCCUUGCAAGUUGUCAGCUAACAUUUGAACAUAAACUAAAUUGUUUGUUGCAUUAGUUACUAGGAAAGCUUUGGUGAGGAUCAAUAUAUAUACAUUUUUUUUUUUUUUUUCACAAUUCAAGCAAAAUGCCUUUCAUGAUUGGUGCUUAACAUCAUGGCCUCACAGGUGACACUGUACAGGUUAGGACAUUGAUAGCCAGUUGUUCUUAUGCAACAAAUUGAAUGAGAAAUUUGUUUUUAUAUGGAAUUGUGAAGAGAAAUAUACAGUGACAUGGCUAAUAUUAUAGGCUUAUGUUAAUAAGUUUGUAGUGCUAAUGUUUUAAUGUAAAGAAAUUCAGAUACUAUUUGUCUGGCUGUUGUUAUACAGUGUCAAGAUAAAUAUAAUGUUGCAGAAGUAGGAUUGCUCUAGGAUACGUUACAAAUAAGCAAAUAUUGCAUGUGGUGGCACCACUGCUUUUUACUUAUUAAACUCCUCUUUGUAUGCUAUCUGGCUUUGAUUAAAUAGUUGGUUUUCUUUGAAAUAAUACUUUAAAAAAAAUUAUUUAUUGUGUUACACGUUUUGUUAAUGACACAUUUUUUUAGAGACCAAUUUUUAGCUUUGAUAAAGCAAAAUCUGAUAUAUACCAUCUUUGACUUGUACGUUUAAAAUUCAAGCAGUUAGAAGAAAAUAACAAGGACACAGCCAAGUUGAAAAAUUAAUUUAAAUCUACUUAUGUAUCUGUAGUUCUAUUAAUGUGUGUGUAUAUAUAAAAUAACUUCGACAAGAAUGAGUUUCAGAUAAUUGUUUAGUUUAAUGUACAAUGUUUUGUUGUAAAUAGGUAGGUUUAGUGUGAUGAACCUGUGAAAGGGAUGAUAAGAAUGAAGUUAUUCUUAGCAUUUUCUUAGAAUCGAAUAUUUGAAGAUACAACUGUGUUCCUUGUAAACUCCAAUAUGAUUAGCUUUAAAAUCAAAUAUUAUGUAAAAUAAUAUUCUUUGUAGUUGAGAAGGAAGAAGCAGGCACCACAAAAUUAUAGUUUCUUACAUCUGUAUUAUUCACUAAGUUACAACCUAAAUAUGUUAAAAAUAGAAAAACUUUGUUUUGGUUGAAUAUAAGGAUACUCCUAGGUUUUGGGAUAUACUGGCUCUUGCUUUACACAAUCAUUAAAUCAUUGUAAAAAAGAAAUUAUAAAGUGGAAAUACUUUCCAUAAAAUAGUGAUACUUGUAUUAUAGUAUUCAGUGUGUAUUGUACUUUGUAAGAAAUUACUUGGAAAGCUAAUGUGAUUUCUUCAGUUUGUCACAAAAUUCUAGUACAUACAAUAUGAAAUUUCAUAUUCUAUAGUGUCAUAUGAAUUUAAAAGCCAUGUGUAACAUAGUUUCCCCAAAAAGCAUCAUCUUGAAAUUAUUUCCACUGAAUUAUAUUUAAAAAAUUUUUAUGCCAGAAGUAUUGUUUAAGCAUUUCUUGAAUUUCAAAUUAAUGUAUGAUGUAAACACCGACAAAUCUGGCAAAAAAAAAAGAAAAAAUUAACAAUUCAAAUUUUGCUGUAUUUAAUAUGUCUAUAAUUAUUUAAAUUUUGUACUUUGUUUAAUAUAAGUAACUGGUAUAUUGCAUAGUUUCAGUAACAGAAUAUUACGUAGAUUUUGUUUUAAAGAUAGUUUAGGCCAUGUAACAGUUAUAUCUGAAGUUCCCCGCUCACUCACCUAGUGGUGUAGCACCAAUGGAAACUUUUGCAAGUAACUAGAACUAUUAUUUGUAAAAUAAGGAAGAACUGUGAAAAACAUGAGUAGAGUGCAUUUUGUUUUCGUAAAAAAUAUGGCAAGUCUUUUUCAGAAACAAAAAAAAAGUUUAAACAAAUUGUGAUCUAUUUUCAUAUGUGAAUCAUGCCAAAGAAAAUAGUAUUAAUAAAUUACUCGUGUUAAUUAGAAUUUUUUUUCCUUAUUAAUAAUAGUAAUACAAUAGUAUAACAUUUUGAUUGACUAAUUAGUAUCACAUACUCAGUACUUUUGUUUUGUUUUGCUUUUCAAAGCGUAGAUUACUGUUUACUUGUUGGUUAUGAAGUGAUCAUUGUGUGUGUGUGUAUGUUUAUUUACAAGCAGAAGUUUUGUUUUACUAAUAAAUUAACAGGAAUAAAAUUUGAGAUUCACAAAAGAAAGGGCACAUUCCUAUCAAUUGAAUCUGGAAUAUCUCAUAUUCAUUAUAUCAUGUUAAAAGUUUUGAGUUGCAUGGCAAAAAUAAUAUUUGCUUAAAAUUAAGUGUGACUUAAAAUCAGUGUACAAAUUAGAGAAAAAUAAAUGUUUUUCAUAUAUUUUUUGAAGGGUAUAGAGAAGUGAUAUUUUGCAUGUUUUUUGUUAAACUAGGAAAAUUAAGUUUGAAAUGCUUGUGAAGCAUAGUUUUUGUUGAUUCAUUACACUGUUUUUAUUAUUUGAAAACUUCAUUUGUAAUACUUUACAUUCUUCUUGACAUGUCAAAACAACCUAUUGAAAAUUAGUAUCUUUUUAUGAAAUUGGAAGUAAUAUGCAGUUGAACCUCUUUUCUUUUUUUUAUCUGUUUUCACAUUUGGAUACUUUUUCUUUUUGUCUCAAAGUUGUAUUUGCAAUUGCAACAUUUUAACAAGAAUACCAUUAAUUGAAAAUUACUUCUAAACACAAGCAAACUGAACAUCCUGAUUAUAAUAAACUAAAAUUAAAUAUAGAGGAAUAAAAGUGAUUUUAAGUUUGGAUUUUAACAAUGUAUAGUUUUAAGCUGGUUAAUACACAUUGAAAGACUAAGCAAUAGAGUUAAAAGAAAAUACAGAGCAGUGAAAAAGUCUUAAGAAUGUCUGAUGAUUAGAUCAUAUUGAAUGUUAAGAAUAAGAAAAAAGGAUCUUCUAUAAUACAUUGUUAUUCUGUCAUUGUGUUUAAUUAGCUUUUCUACAAAAUGUUUGUAAUUGUAGAUCCCAUACAUUAUAUUAAUUUACAUUUUUUUUAUUUUCCCGUAGUCCUUCUCUCUCUUUGUUUGUAUUUAUUUCUUGUCAUAUUAGUAAACGAACUGCUUCAUCUAAGUUGGAAAAUUAUAAACCAGUAUAAGUUAACUUAAGUGGGUGACAUGUAAUACAAUUUAUGUUCUCCAGCUUCACUUAAAUGGGUGAAAUGUAAUACAAUUUAUGUCCUUCAGUUACAUAUGUUGUUAUGGUUUUAGUGUUGAAAGCUGGUGAACUAUUAGAAACCAAUAGGUCUGAAAUUUGUUAUAUUAAAAAAAAUCAAGUUAACUGCAGAUGUUCUUUUUCACAUUCCUUUUAAUUUGUCCAUUGUGGCUCAAAAUCUAAAAUGCUAAUUUUACAUACCUCUGAUCUUGAGCUAAAUAUAUUGUUCCUUCUUAAAAUGUUUCUUUUGAUAGGUUUUAAAAGUUAUUUGGCUGUUUUGGAAUACAAAUAUUUAUUGAGUUUAUUAUGCAUUCCAACAUUUUCAAGUCAGUUAAGUAGGAGUAAACUGUUUGUAGUACAUGAAUGAUGUCAACAUUAAGUCUAGCAUGCAAAUCUGAGGACUUUUAAAAUGAAUAACUGCAUUUUAUAAACCUUUAAACAGAUUUUAAAAAAAAGGCAAAAGAGUGCGACACAAAAAUCAAAGUUGUGCUUAAAAAUUGAGAGAGUUGUCUGAUGAACAAAAUCAAGACUGAAACAAGACAUGACUAGACUUAGAAAAUUUGAGAAUCUGUAAUUUUGAGAUCUUUGUUUUUAUUGGUUUUGUCAGUUUGGUUCAUCAUUCUGUUAUUAGUUGGUUCUUUUCUUCAGAUUUUGGUGCAUUUCAUUGUGAAGUCAGCUGUUAUAGUUUGUCCUAAAAGAUGAUUUGCUUAAUAUUACAGUGGUAUUGUCAUUAUCGUCUGGCAAAAUGGUGGGAAAAUAAACAUAAUUUCUCAUUUAUUUCAGGAUUUUUUUGUUAUCAGAAGUUUAAGUUUUUUUUGUUUUUUUUUAAUUUUGUUAACAGUUUAGAGAUGGAAAUGCUUCUUAUUGUAGCAGCAUCAAAACUAACAGUAGAACUAUAUCUUGAUUGACAGCAAAAUGUAGAUGCAAACUGUUUUUGUAAGUUUAAGUCUUACGUUGAGAUAGUUUAUUGUAUUUGAUUCUUGAUUAAGAUCUUUGAUGUACAAUGAGCAUGUUGAAGUGCAACCAUGUUCUAUUGCUAUAUGGUAAUACUGGUUGCUGACUCCUUCAGUUGGACAUUCAGCAAAUAAUUUGUGCAACUGUUAGUAAAAAUUAGUUAUCAAAUGUGUCUCUUGCAUAAUCCACUGUGUUGUUUUGAAACUUUAAAUAUUUGAUGAUGAGUUUUGAAUCUAAGAACAGAUGGUUGUGUCGUUACGUGUGUAAUCUGUGAACUGUUUUAAUAAACCAUCAAGUUUUACAUCUCAAAAUGUCUAUGUGCAAACCUCGAGCAUUUAGAUGAAGUCUUGCUACAUAAGUCUCAACAUCUAAAUUCACUUCCCCAGUUUGUGAAGAAAAUCCACUUGUUGAUCUAAUAAUUGAAUAAUUACAGCAAAAUUAAUUCUACUUAAAAAGAAUAAAAAAA